AUGAAGUUCACCGCAAAGACCUUCAUCUUUCUUGCUAUAUUCAGCCUUAUUGUUAUUUCUGCUGUUGCCCAAAUACCAAGCAACACUUCUACCACUACUGGAAAUCCAUCCAAUACUGAUAACACAGGCACACCUACUGAUCCAUCUCUUACCGAAGGUUCAGCUUCUACUGGUCUACCAUCAACUUCAGGAGGCACAGUAAAUGGUGUUUUGAUUUUGAUAGGUAUUCCUGCUUUUAUUCUUUAUAAAAGAAAAAAGAAAAGAGAUGGUGCUCAUGUUCUUGAAACAGCAGGAAACGAAUAA